UUAAUGAAGCUUUAAUUUCAACUAGUUUCUCACCCAAUCCCAGAAUUACUCGUGGGGGGAAAUGGAAGAUUUGGGGAAAGUAUUUUAAUGUAACCAGGUCUUCAGUCAUGUUUGACUCCUUGGUAAAGUGGAGCGGAAGGUUUGGGCGCGUGAUUGGACUUGUGCGCUGUUUCCGUGCGUGAAAUGAAAAGGGUCUACAAUGGUUUUGGGUUUACAUUAACUAUGGGAGCCCAGAUUCUGGAGUCCAACUCCAGCGGCAACUUGACUCCUGCGGUGUCUGAAGCUGGGAUUGUCCUCCCGGGCUACCUGGCGGUGAUCUUAUCGGUCCUCAUGGUGACUCUGGUGGUCGUUGUGGUGGCUGGAAACGCACUGGUCAUCAUGGCUUUCAUUGUGGAUAAAACCCUGAGAAAUCAAAGCAACUACUUCUUUCUGAACCUUGCUAUAUCUGAUUUUCUCGUGGGGGCCUUCUGCAUCCCGGUGUACAUCCCGUACAACCUGACAGGCCGGUGGAUGCUGGGUAAAGGUCUCUGCAAGGUGUGGCUUGUCAUGGACUACCUGCUCUGCAGCGCCUCAGUCUUCAACAUUGUCCUCAUUAGUUAUGACCGCUUCCUGUCAGUCACAAGAGCAGUUAAAUACAGAGCACAGCGAAACAUGACCCGCCAAGCUGUGUUCAAGAUGGUGGCGGUGUGGGUGCUAGCCUUCCUCCUCUACGGCCCUGCCAUCAUCUUCUGGGAGAUGAUCGUCGGCCAGAGUGUUGUCCCGGCUCACGAGUGCUAUGCUGAGUUUUAUUUCACCUGGUACUUCCUGCUCAGCGCUUCAACGUUUGAGUUCUUCACCCCGUUUGUGUCUGUAGCUUUCUUGAACCUCAGCAUUUACCUGAACAUCCACCGCAGGAACAAGAAAGGAGGAGCCCGCGUCGAGGACGACGCCAAGAUGCAGAGGACCAGUAAGAAGCACAGAGAAGGAGGAGGCUGGUCUGUGUUUUUCGUGAAGACUCGCAAGGUGUCGUCCAGCGAGCCUACUGCUAUUUCUGCAGUUAUCGAGGACGACGAUGUCCUGUCCCCUUCCUCCUGCGGGGACCCUAAUACCAGUCAGAUAUUCAUGCAGAGGGAGAGGUUCUCUCCUACCAGAAAAAACUCCAGGCUGUUUCAGCACACAGCCUCCUGCACGGCACCCAGCCACAGGACACAGGCAUCUCGACUUUUACGUGACAAAAAGAUCGCCAAAUCUUUGGCCAUUAUUGUCUGCAUUUUUGGGAUUUGCUGGGCUCCUUAUACUCUACUCAUGAUCAUUCGCGCCGCCUGUAGCGGUACAUGUGUGGCGAACUACUGGUACGAGAUUACAUUCUGGCUCCUGUGGCUGAACUCUGCCAUCAACCCGUUCUUGUACCCUCUGUGUCACAGCAGCUUUCGAAGGGCUUUCUCAAAGAUACUGUGUCCUAAAAGACAGUCAGUCCAGCCUCAGAUUGAGGUUCAGUCUUGUUAGAUGAACUCAACUGCACGUCCAUGCUUUAUAAAUGCAGUAACUGUUGUUGGUCAAAAAAUCCAUAUACUGUUCUUCCAUCCCAAAAAUGUUUGCAAUCAAGUGAGAUGUACGAGAUUUGUCACAACAUAUCUGACAGCAAUAGGACAAUUCAACAUAGAAUACAUGAAAAAUGUGCAACAAAAUGCAGUUAUAAUAUACUAAAUGACAGGGUAAAGCAGUGGAUUCCACUUUACAAGCGGAUAUAAUUGCCCUUGAUUAAAGCGCCCCUCAAAGCC